AACUGAACCGUGGUGGGCGCAUGGACUGAGCUCUUUGUCCAUUUCGAUACUGGUGGGCAUCCAGUAGCUCUACUGAAAACACACCCAUGCUACCCAGCUGCUAGCUACGCUCCCGGUCAAUCUCCAAACCCGCCAGUCCCUCUUCUCUGAAGCCAAGACUCGAAAUCGCCCAAGACGACAUGGCCGAAGACUCGGAGGCUCAUCUCUCACCCGGCAUCGACGUUCCCAAGGACUCGCCUAAGAAUUUAUUCCUCUCCACUACUUCUUCCAACACCGAUGUCAAAUUCGAUCGCUUCAAUGAGCUUCCUGAGGAACUCAAGCUCGAGAUCUUUCGACACAAUCUCCGCUUUCCCUGGAGCGUCACCAGUCGUAGCCAUGACUUUAUCUACGGACCCAGCUUUCUGAACACCGCGCUUACCAAUAAAGAACUGUGUAGUAUCGCUUUCCAGGUCUAUUAUCACGAAAACACAUUCAAGUUGACCUGGUUAGUUGUGCUCGGGUCACGUCUGACCGUCAAGACCGCCAUUCCAGCUGAGCACUUUUUACAAAACCCCAUUUGCGCCGCAUUGUCGUUCCGUUAUCUAUCCAAGGCCAUCGCACAUCUUGUUACGAAGCUCGAGAUACACAUGGAAAUACAGACUUAUGGAUACCCCUUGGAGCCAUUCUAUUGCGGCGGCUAUCAAGGCUCGCAACUAGCUGUCCUAGCUCAUCCUCGCCGCGCAUCCUUCAAAUCCGGGUACACAACGUCGAUAUUUUCGACAAACCGGACUCAGAAACCGUACUCGUAGGCAAAUGACGGUGAGGCCAAGGCUGGCUGAAGAAGAUACUUCACCUCGUUGAAAGAACUCCGCAUUGUGAUUCACUUGCCUUACUGUCUUCCAGAGGAUUCGGAUCUUCCAGACAUCGUAUUCUUCGA